AUGGAGUUCCCGUUUGACAUCAACCAGUUAUUCCCUGAACGAAUUUCCAUCUUGGAUCAGACUCUUGCAGUCAGUCGUAAAUCAUCUGCGAGACCAGAUCUCCAAGAAAACAUAGCCACAGUGCUGGACGAGCUGGGGAGAGCAUCUGCAAAGGCCCAGCAGCUGACAGCCCCCAUCACCAGUGCCUCCAAACUGCAGAGCCAGAAGCACCAGCUGUACCUCAUGAAAGAUGGAGCGGCCAAUGGAGGACGCGGAGCGGUGGUGGGAUUCCUCAAAGUGGGCUAUAAGAAGUUAUUCCUGCUGGACCGGCAACGUGCUCACAUAGAAGCCGAGCCCCUCUGCAUCCUGGACUUCUACAUCGCUGACAACAGGCAGCGGCACGGCUACGGCCUCCAGCUCUUUGACCACAUGCUACAGGACAAGAACGUGCAGCCUGCGCUGAUGGCCUACGACAGACCCUCACCCAAACUCCUCUCCUUCUUGGCCAAACAUUACAAUCUCACACAAAGUAUUCCUCAGGUCAACAACUUUGUGGUGUUUGAAGGAUUCUUCUUCGACAAAUCAGCGGGGCAGUUGAGAAAGACUCCCCUAAGAAAAGCAGACGGAGAGAUCAAGCCAUACUCGCUAAUGGAGAGGGAAGUGGUGCGACAGGAGCAGAGGGUCCCCCCCUGGCCGUUUGGCCCUCCACAGUCGCCCCAGCGGUGGGUAUCCUCCCCGUACUCCCAGUCCCCCAGUGGGUCCCCCAGCAGAGCUCCCAGAGCAGGGCCCCCCCAGUCUCCGCUGCUGGAGCACUGUCGAAGCAGGCGCACCAGCUGCAGUCUCCAGGGGCUGGUGGCUAAGAGCAGCCUGUACAGUCGCCACCUGGACCUUAGUACUGUGCUGGACGAGAGGACUCUGCCGGGCCGGACCGUGCCAGCUCUGAGGACGUUGUGGGCCUCGCUGGGAGCCACAGACGGACCCCCUUCAGAGCACAGCAGGAUCACCUCGUUACCCCCUUUGCCUGCUCCAAAGACGUGCUCUGAAGGCCACUCUGAAGAGGACAGGAGCCCUCCGCACCAGAGACAGGACCAUGUGAGCAACUCGGACCAGAGACUGGACCGUGAGAGCACAAAGGACCAGAGACCGGACUGUGAGAGCGCCAAGGACCAGAGAUUGGAGCGUGUGAGGCAGGGCGGCGGGGACUGGGCCUGGACCGUGGGACAAAACAUGUUCUCAGCCCAGUGGGUCAAACACAAGCAGCAGUCCAGGAGCACGCGGCCCUGGUGA